AUGACGGAGCCUGGAAGCAAAGGGGAGCGUGAUGGAGCGGACCCCGCUACCGUGGUGCCCAAGCACGAGGAAGCCUACAACGUCAUCCUUCAACAGCUCUUUGCCGCCAGACUCUCCAUCAUCAAUGCCCCCACUCGCGACGAUGACCCGCACCCUGCCGCAAGGAGCCCAGAGUACGCCUUUGGGCAGGUCCUGGCACAACUCGAGGACAGUGACGAGCUCCUGGAUGCCGUUCGACACAUCGUCCGGCAUCCCACCUCUUCGGGUGUGCCCGCGGAUCUUCUCGACGUCAUGACACAGUGGCUGGCGGACAAAGGCGACAGCGUCGCUCGCUCGGAUGCCGUCGGUGCCAAGUUCCAGUCGCUUCUUCAUGGUGCGCCCGCGAACACCGAAGUCAUGGCACGGAUCAAGUCGCUGGCUCACCAUAUUGCGCAUAAAAGCCGCUGGAUAGUAGGCUCCGACGCUUGGGCCUACGAUGUUGGCAUGGGUGGCGUCCACCAUGUCAUUGCCAGCGGGAGAAACGUCAAUAUGCUGAUAUUUGACAGCCUGCCUUACUCGCAACGCAACGCGGUCGAAGCCCACAAGCGCAAAAAGGACGUGGGCCUGUAUGCGAUGAGCUACGGAGGCGUAUACGUGGCUAGCACCGCUGUGUAUGCCGACUACAUGCAGGUUCUCCAGGCUUUAAUUGAGGCCGACCAAUUUGACGGUCCCUCCGUGGUACUGGCUUACGUACCUUACCAUGCGAAGGAUACACCGGCCCUUGACGUGCUGCGAGAGACCAAGCUUGCUGUCGAUUCAGGAUACUGGCCGCUGUACCGUUGGGAUCCAAGCGCCGAAGCAAGGGGCAAGCAAGUGUUCCGACUCGAUUCCCCACGGAUUCGCGAACAGCUCAAGGCGUUUCUUGACCGACAGAACUACCUCACUCAACUUGCCAAUGCAGCCCCUGAGCUCGCCUAUGAUCUGUCGAGCAGCCAGGGAUCCGGUCUUCGGCAGAGGCAGAGGGAAAAGGCAAAGAGAGCCUACGAUGCCCUCGUCGGUGCUAUGGAUGGACCACCGCUUCUUAUUCUGUACGCCAGCGACGGUGGCAAUGCGGAAAAGGUGGCCAGGAAGCUUUGCGCAAGGGCGAAGGCAAGGGGUCUCGCCGCAAGGAUCUUGGCAAUGGAUGACUUCCCUGUCGCCGAGGAGCUCCAGUCGGAGAAGAACGUCACCUUUGUUACUAGCACAGCAGGCCAAGGUGAAGCUCCACAAAAUGGCAGGGAAACAUUCAAGACGCUAUCUAAGCUUUCCCCAAGUUCUCUGGGCGACGGCGGACAAGCCAACAAAGAAGGCGACGAGACUCCUUCCUCAUCCUCGUCUGUUCGUUUCUCCGUCUUUGCCAUGGGUGAUAGUCAUUACUGGCCUCGGCCCGAGGAUGCCCACUACUACAACAAGCCAGGCAAGGAUUUGGACGCUCGCCUCGAGGCUCUCGGUGCGGUCCGCAUGGCUCCACUCGGUCUGGGUGACGAUCAAGAUGCCGACGGCUAUCAGACGGGCUACAAGGUCUGGGAGCCCCUCCUCUGGAAGGCCUUGGGCGUCGAUACGAUCGAGAUCGUCGAGGCAGAGCCGGAGCCAAUCACCAAUGAACAUAUCAAGAUUGCGAGCAAUUUUCUGCGCGGAACAAUCGUCGAAGGUCUCGCAGACAAGAGCACGGGCGCCAUCGCCGAGAGCGACACGCAGUUGACAAAGUUUCACGGCACCUACAUGCAAUACGAUCGAGACACUGUCGACGAGCGAAAGGCAGCCGGUCUCGAACCAGCCUACUCAUUCAUGAUCCGCUGUAGGAUCCCGGCCGGCGUCGUCAAACCCGAGCAGUGGCUGCAGCUAGAUAAGGUGGCGAGUGAUUAUGCAAAUGACACGCUCAAGAUCACGACUCGCCAAACAAUUCAGUACCAUUGCGUUGUCAAGAACCAGCUCAAGGCAGCCAUGCAGGGCAUCAAUAAAGCCAUGCUCGACACCAUUGCUGCUUGUGGCGACGUCAACCGCAAUGUCAUGUGCUCGCCAAACCCGCACAUUAGCCAGCUCCACGCGGAGACUUACGACUUUGCCGCGCGGAUUUCCGAGUAUCUGCUGCCUCGAAUGGACGCCUACCACGAGAUCUGGCUCGAUCAGCCGACAGAAUCCAAGAAACAGCUUCUGACGGGCGGUGCAUUGCGCGACUAUGAGCCCCUCUACGGCCCUUACUAUUUGCCACGCAAGUUCAAGAUCGCCAUUGCGGUGCCUCCUAGGAAUGAUGUCGACUGUUUUGCCCAUGACAUUGGUCUGAUUGCUAUUGCUGACUCCAAUGGCCACCUAGCUGGCUUCAAUGUCAGUGUAGGUGGUGGCAUGGGUGUCACGCACGGCAUGAAGACCACUUAUCCUCGCCUUGGCGACAUUAUUGGCUUCGUCACGCCUGACCAGACGCUCGAGUGCUGCAAGCACAUUAUGCUCACCCAACGAGACUUUGGCAACCGUGCAAACCGAAAGCAGGCUCGACUCAAGUACACCAUUGACAAUCACUUCAAAGGUCCUCAAAACUUCAAGGCCGAAGUUGAGCGAAGACUGGGAUACGAGCUGGAGCCUGCACGACCAUACGCAUUCAGCGCCAACACCGACGAGUACGGCUGGCGCAAGCAGAUGAACGGCAAGUGGACAUGCAUGCUCUGGCUGGAAAACGGAAGGAUCAAGGACGAGCCUGGCGCUCCGUUCCGCACCGGCAUUCGAGAACUGUGCAAAGCCGACUGGUUCCAAGGCGAGCUUCGCCUUUCACCCAACCAACACAUGGCUCUCAGCAAUAUCCCAGAGGGUAUCAAGGCGAUGGUGGAAGCUCAUCUUGACAAGUACAACAUGGCAUUAUGGAAGCAGUCGUCUCUCGCCCUCUCUGCCUCAUCGUGCGUGGCUUUCCCCACCUGUGGUCUGGCUAUGGCCGAGAGCGAGCGUGUGCUAUUUCCCGAUCUCAUCGAGCAUCUUGACAAGAUUGUUAAACGGCUGGGCAUCGCUGAUGAAGAGAUCAUUACAAGGAUGACGGGAUGUCCUAAUGGAUGUGCAAGACCGUGGGUGGCCAACAUCGCCUUUGUCGGCAAGGCACCUGGCACCUAUGUCAUGCUUCUCGGCGGCAACAAGCGAGGCACUCGUGUCAACAAGGUGUAUGCCGAAUCGGUCACGCUGCCAGAGGCAAUCACGAUCUUGGAGCCUUUGCUCGAGAGAUUCGCCAAGGAAAGGGGCCCAGGCGAAGACUUUGGCGACUUUGUCAUUCGCAUGGGCAUCAUCGCUGAGACCAGAAAGGGCAGCGAAUUUUGGGAUGACGUAAAGCCAUUGGCACUUCCUGACUUACCGACAUCGGGGUAGCAACAUCUCGUCAAGCAUAGGUGAAAUAGUGCCUCCCGAUAUCGAGCGGAAGUAUAUGCAGAUACGAUGGCGAGAGAGGUUUCCGCCCGUGGUGGCGGAAUGAACUCCAAUCGCAUUCUCAUUACUUGAUCUCUCUCCGCGCAAUGACAUGUUAGUCUCUGCAUUCUUCUCUCUUCUCUUCUCUUGCUUCGCAAUUAAAAAGUGCCACACGACUU